AGUUGGUGAUCAAUCAAUAAACACAAUUCGAACGUCGAAGAAAGUGGAAGCACUUCAAGCUUACGAAUAUUUAAUACCUGCAAAUAAAUCUACAUACAGAACAAAAUGAACUUCAACAAGAUUUUCGUACUCCUGGCUGUCUUUGUUGCCGUCUUCGCUGGACAAACCGAAGCGGGAUGGUUGAAAAAGAUUGGCAAGAAAAUUGAGCGCGUCGGCCAACAUACCCGCGAUGCCACUAUCCAAACAAUCGCUGUGGCACAACAAGCAGCAAAUGUUGCAGCAACAUUGAAGGGAUAAACUGCAAGGAUGCUGAAAAGCUGAUACAACAAAUAUCUAAUUAUUUGUUAUGUAAAUUAAUGUAAACUAAUAUUAUUUAUAGUAUGUGGACAAUUUUGUGACUGAUUUAUGGAGAUAAGGAAAAAGUAUUUGAAUAAAAGAUUAUCAAAAAAUA